CUGCCCUGGAGAGCACGAUCCGGCGCUUCAUCCCUCUCCUCCACAUCCUGUUCUAUCCACGACUCGCAUCCGAAAAUCAAGCGCGUGUUUCGGACUGGGAUUAAUGGGAUAUUAAGCCAUGUUACGGACCCGUAACUGGACAACUGUUCAGAGACGGCACUUCAGUCGUUGAACUUUUAACGAUUUUAGUCUUUUGGACAUCGACAUUGCAGAAGAUAGAUGAUCUCGCUCCGUAUAGUGGUUGUAUUCCCUUUGGAAACAGAUAAGUGAGGAUUUAACGAGUUGCGCUCAAGAGGACUGAUCUACCCGCUUUAUUGACUCGCUUCCGCAUCAUGAAUAGCAUUUUCCUUCUCGCUCUUCUCUUCCUUGUGUUUGGGGCGCAGUUGCAGCUUUUACCCGGCUCCUGCAACUUUGAUAACGGUACCUGCGGUUACACAUCUGAUCCUGUUUACGCCAAAUGGACCAGAAACAGGGAAGGGCGUUUUAUCACAGCAGACUCGUCCUUCAUGGAUGGGAUGGAGAAGGCUGUCCUGGUGAGCCCGGUCUUGGAGAUUCUGGACUGGAGCUGUCUUAGGCUGGUCUACCAGAUCACUGGGGCUGGCUCUCUGCAGGUGCACCAGAGACAAGAGGGAGACAACUUUGACUAUACUCUGUGGAGUGUAGACAAGCCCUCAGACAGCUGGCUCAUUGCUAGCAUUGACCUCAGAAACACUUCCAACACAUAUCAGCUUUUGAUGGAGGGUCAGCCCCGUAAGGAAACAGGCAGCAGCGUGGCGCUCUUUGAGAUUCACAUCGUACCUGGCUACUGCAUAGAGUGUAACUUUGAGGAGCAUCACCUGUGCGGUUACAGUAACCACUGGAACCCCAACGUCAACUGGUACGUUGGAGGAAGUCUGGCCCGAGACCCACAAUCCAACCUGCCUGAUGACCACACCAUGAACAACCAGAGAGGACACUACAUGUAUGUGGACUCAGUAUACGCCAAGCACUUCCAGGAAGUGGCCAAACUGACAUCUGCCAUGACCACCACGCCAGUGUCCGGCUGCCUGUCAUUCUACUACCAGCGCGACCAGGAAAGAGGCAACAUUUUUUCAGUUUUCACCAGGGACACUCUGGGACAUUAUGAAGAGAUCUGGAGACCAGAGGUCUAUGCUACAAUAAGCUGGCGGCUCGUCAACGUGGACAUCAAGGCCCCGCACCCCCUGGAGGUGGUGUUUGAGGUAGCCUUCAACAGUGCCCGUGGAGGAUACGUGGCAAUCGAUGACAUCUCCUUCUCUCCUGAGUUCUGCCACACAGAGACAGAGCCUUUGGUCGACCCAUCCAUCGCCAACUGUGACUUUGAGAAGGACCUGUGUCACUACCACCGAGAAAGAGUGGCGAGCAAGGUGUGGAACUGGGUGACAGUGAAACCCAAUGCCUACAGGAUAGGUGACCACACCACAGGAACUGGCUCGUUCCUGCUAGUGAACACAUACUUCACGUUGUGGUACGGUUACAUGGGACGUCUCCACGGUCCCUUCCUCCCCGGUAACCAUAAGUAUUGCCUGCGUUUCUACUACGCCCUGCAUGGUUUCAGGAGUGUGGACAACGCACUGAUGAUUUACAUCUAUGAUGAGAACAACGUGGCUCAGGAGAAGGUCUGGAGCCUCACUGAAACCACCAGAGAAAUAUGGACCAAGGUGGACAUCACAUAUACCAAACCCAUGACCACCAAGGUAGUGUUUGUCAGCAUCUGUCAGAACUUCUGGGACUGUCCCCUAUUGGCUCUCGAUGACAUCAGAGUGGCCAUUGGCGACUGUCGAAUCCCAGCAGGGCCAGUGCCUGGCGAGUGCGACUUUGAAACAGGAGAUUGUGGCUACACCCAGGAGAAGACAGACUCAGGGGACUGGCUGCGGGUGCAGGGGCAGACCCCCACCUCCUACACUGGGCCUCGAGGGGACCACACUACAGGGGUGGGGUACUUCAUGUACAUUGAGGCCUCUCUGAUGCGUCCGGGUCACACAGCCCGCAUGCUGUCCACGGACCUAAGGGGCUCCAUGGAGCCACAUUGUCUCAUCUUCUACUACCACAUGUAUGGCUCCGGCACUGGCAUAUUGAGCGUGCUUCUGCGCCGUGGUGACACCCAUCGCGAGGCAUUGCUAUGGAGACGGCACGGCGAGCAGAGUAUCUCCUGGAUGAGGGCAAUGCUGGACUACAUGUGCGACUGCAGACAUCAGAUUGUUUUCGAAGCCAUCCGCGGCCCAUCAAUAAGAAGCGAUAUUGCUGUUGAUGACAUUGUUAUUAAAAAAGGACCAUGCACAGCAGAUCUUGGUGAUAAUAUACCAUACUCCGGCUUCUCCGAAAACUUAAUCGAGUUCGAGUACUGAGGUGUGUGACACAGCUGUGUGACUGUGUUUGUGUGUGAUGUUGAUGGUUGAGAAUGUGUUUGUGUGUAGUGUGUGUGUGUGUGUGUAAGAGACUACACUUCAACAAGAACAUUUACAUAGAGUAGAGCAAUGCUCACUGUCUCCUUUUCUUAGGAUAUGUUAUAAUCUAGGCUACAGCCCUUUGUACAGUGAAAUGUUUGUUUCAGUAUUCUCCAAUCAUGCCAACAUAAGGAAUCAAAUGUUCCCUGAUGGAUGUGUAUGACAAUGUGUUCUUCUUUUUAUUUAUGUAUUGUAGGUGCAGAAAUAACAUGUUGGAGUAGUUUUUCCUAAGUGGUUCAGGUUGCCUUAUACUGUUUUUAGAUUGUCAUUGUUGUUGGUUUAUGCAUAGAUCACGCUGCCCUCUAGUGGUGAGAGAUAAUCACUGCAGAAUGUUUGCAGAAAAAAAAAAUAGGACAUUAUACUUUGUGUACAGUAAGAACCAGAAAAACUUGUAUAGCACUGACCCAUUGGUAUAUCAUCCAAUGUGUAUCUUACAUUCACAAUAUGCAUUUUUAGAAUAUCAAGCUCCACUGUGACAAAGGAUUUGUGUCCAGCUUUGGGUCUGAAUUCACAAGAAACCAGCAGUUCAUUUAUCAGAGUCCACUGCAAUAAGCUUCUUUUCUCUCUCCCUCAGGUGUCAAAUAUUUCUCUUACAAAUCGUGUUAUUUCCUAUAUAGGGCUAUUAACUGCUGAUGUUUAGUAUGUGUAUAGAAUGUGGUCUAGAAAUAAAAAAUUAAUUGGAGUCCUUUUUUAAUAGAACCUAGACCACUUUGUCAGGAAAGUAAUUGUGCAACCAAAUCAGUAUUACUGACUGAUUGAUUGACAGAGUCAAAGUAACUGGUAAAGGUUGGUCCCCUCACACGCCGGCUGCUUCGAGUGUUGUGUCUUAUCAUAAUGUCACAUGUUGCAUUCACAUGCUUGCCGGAGCUUCCUAUUUCCUGUUUAUGAAGUAGGAAAUUAAACUUUUUUUCAUUCA